AAUUUUGUUCAGUGCUCUCGAGUUUCAUUCCAUUCUGACCAUCGAUAUCCUCAAAUUCUAUCCAGUGUUCUCAGAGUUUAUUCCAAAUGUUCAGACUUUCAUUCGGCCUACUAAGCUUAAAUUUCAUGUUUAUUCCUAGGUUUUGUUCCUAUGUAAUGCAGGGAACACUCCACAUAGGCUAUUUGACAGAGAUUAUGUUAGGCCUACUCAAAAAUAUUUUCAGUCAUAAUUCACACAAAUGUGCAUCUCGCAAGACAUUCAUUUUGUGUUGUCUUGCAUGCAAAUUUGUGUGUGAAAGUGACUUGUGCUCGUGCGCAUCUUAAAGUGCAUCUCUGUCAUCCAGCUGAUCCCUGCUCCACGUCAGUAGAUGGCGGUCCUUUGCAAAUAAAGAUGAAAACAAACCCAACUGUGUGCAGACAUUCGCGCUUCGUUUGCGCGCGUGCUGCAAACUUUUGGGUAGAGUCAAGACAAGACAAACUGUCAGUUACAUGUUGGCAACUGAGCACCAUCCAAACAUCAAACGUAGCCUUAGGAAGUCGACUUUCUCCAAGCAGGAAAUAUAUGGUUAUUGUCGAGGACUUGGUAGGCCUACCACUUCUUUAUUUAAGGUUUUCAAAUCUACCUAAGUAUGAAGAAAGAAAUUGAAGCAGCAGGGGCAUUCCUGAAAAAUCUGGUUAAAAGGUCUGACAAGUUGAAUUCGGAACAAGCAGAUGUCUUUGUAGAACAUCUCAUAGAUAUUUUGCAAGAGAAGUACAAAGCUCAUUGGUACCCAGACAACCCCACAAAAGGUCAAGCAUUUAGGUGUAUUCGUGUCAAUGGUCACCAUAGCAAGGAUGCAGAAUUGCUUUUGGCAUGCCAGAAAAGUGGUGUACAGUACUGCUACUUAGGCUUGCCUUUAGAACUCACCCUCUGGGUGGAUCCAGGAGAGGUCAGUUGCAGGUACAGUGAAGACACUCCACCCUUUACCCUUGCAAGCAUCAUUGGAGAUGAUGAUGAUGAUGAUAAUGAUGAUGAUGAGGAUAAUGAUAAUGAGAAAGUCUUGCUGAAAGUGAGAAGUGCCUUGGAAAAAGUCACCUCUGACUAUCAUUCGGAGACCUCAUCAGAUGAUGACUGUGUCUGUAUAUCCCCACCUCCUGAGAAUGACAGUGCUUAUACUACCCCUCCUUCAGAGAGGGAUAGUGAUAGUGGCAAGGCUUCUCAAAGCUUUUUUGGUGUGACCUCGUAUCCUGAGAACAACACUUUCAAUGGCACUUUUUCACCACCAAAUAGGCGUAGUGGUGCCCCCACCCCUACACCUCCUCAACACAGAAGCCCCCCUUUACAGGUUGUUUACUCAGGUGCACCACCAUUGUCACCACUCUCCUGGAGAAUACCUGUGAGAUCUCCUGUUGAGCCUCGAUCCUAUUUUAUGCUGAAUACACGCGUCCGGCCCUUUUCGACGGUCAGGCCCCAUGGCUGGUCAAGGCCUGUCCACCGCAAUCCUAUGUGGAGCUGCCCCUCUGCCCGAUCGCACCAGGGAAGUACUUCAGCGUUUUGGUCUUCGGCUGGGAAUGAAAGAAGAUUUGAUGGAAGGAUGAAUUUAAGCAGACCACUGAAGUAACGUGUCCAAAUUCUGUUUGGUUUUUAAAAAAUAAUCAGCCACUACUUUCACUUUUGUGUGUUUCGAUUUGCCAGAACGUUUUUGCACUUUAGGUGACUUGUCGAAUAACGUUGUACCUUGUUGUAAAUUUUUUUGAUUAACUGAUAAAUUUAGUUUUAUUUAUGUAUAAUGUGUAAUGCAGUGCUCUUUGAUGUAGGCCUAUGAAUAUUGCCAGUAGCGAAUAUUUAAAAGACAGUAUUGUAUUUAUUUGCACAAUGGUGUUAAUCAUGAUAAAAAAUAAACAUGAAUGUCUAACCUCUA